CUAUACUAAUGUUAUGGCCGCCAUUCAGUUAGCAACGAUAAAGAGCGUGAUUAAUGUUAGCUGAAUGUGGUGUUUGGCUUAAUAUUUGUGAUCGAAAUCAAAACUAACGACAUUCUGUUUGAUUUGGGUUGAUUGGUAGCCAUUAUGAGUGUCAACAGUGAAACGCCGUCCAGUCGUGGUGGUCAGGUUAUAAACGGGUCCAGUACAGACAGCGAAAGACCGUCCAGUCAACAAGUGAUAAAUGCCAGACGAACUGAAUCUUUAGAUGCUCCUCACAUUGUAAAGCUCCUUCAAACUAGCACCAAUGAACUGUUUGGAAGAGUUGAUAUUGUGAAUGUGAUUGAGAAGGCUGUGUUAGCAAUAACAUUAACAAAUGAACACGAGGAAAUCCUUGGACAUGCUGCGUUUUAUGAUUAUCCUAAUCUAGAUUGUGUUGAUGAAGCUAACUGGGAAUGCUGGCUAAAUGACAAUUAUGAAGGAUCCAAAUGCUUGGCUUUAAACACACUUUUUAUUCAUUUGUUUGUUGCAAAAUCAGACUAUUCACAUGGUUGUGCUAAAGAAAUAAUUCGCACGGCUUUUACUGCUGUUCCUGAUAUCCAUUUUCUUUUAUUGGUGGUGCCAAAUGGUAUCUUUCCAGACCCAGCAUUAGCUGAUAUUUUUCACCCAAUGACCAGAUUAGAAGGUGCUGCCCAUAAAUCUGAAUCCACAGUUUUUGUUUGUAACCGACAUGAUCAUGUCCCAGUUCUACAUGUUCGAAAUGCCAGAGUUGAAGACAAUGAUGACCUCACGCCUAUAUUCAAUCGUCAAAGUGACAUGCUAAAAUCUAUAUAUGGAGAUUUCUUUCUGGCUGAACUAAUUGAAGCUCAGGAUGAAGAGAUGCAGUGUCUGGUAGCAGAAGCUGAAGGAGCAGCUUGUGGUUUUGUUAGUUUAAAUAACAAUGUUAAUUAUGACUUACUUAAUGAGUGUUUUGAGCUAGCUCCUUUCCACGGAUUACGUAAACCACAUGAAAAUGAUGAAUUAACCUUGCCUCAGGUAGAAAUCCCUCAAAUAACAGCAGUUAACACAGACCCCAAAAUAUCACCGAGCUCUUCAGACGUCACAAAAGAAGCAACAGAGGAGAGCAAGGAAGAUACCAAAAAGACUGAUGUAACUGAUUCAAAUAAAACAGAGACGGAAAAACCAGAAUUGAAUAAAACCAGUAGAAAGUCUAGUUCAAGUAGCACCAAAGCGGCCAGUAUUACACCAGAGAGUCUGGAUGGAGAUGGUGUUAGUCGCAAUCUAAGUGUUAGUUCAAUGGGUAGUGAAGCAGCUACGUUAAGAAGCUUCAGACCGGGUGGAACUGACACUGUACCCGGAACUAUGUAUACCAUGUCUGGUCAAGCCGCAUCUCCUAAACCUUUGUUUCAAGCUAACAAGAGAUUUGUACCGACAUACAAGGGUUUACCGAACGCUUUUGCUGUCCAACUUUUCUGUAUUGAUGAGAGGUAUGAGAUGAGGUCCAUGGAUUUUCUAUUCAAAGCUUUUUCCUUAUUCCCAGACUAUGACUUUUGCGUGAUCACAGUUCCUCACCUAGUUCCCGAAUUUCCUCUUCUCCAAGGGUUUGUGCGUGUAACUCCAAGAUGCCCAAGCAUUUUAUCCCAGGAACUCUAUAUUUUCAAUAAAUCGGGUCUCUUGAAGAAUUUCAACAUACGAACAGCAUGUACUAAAGAUGUGGAGCCCGUUGAAAAGUUGGUCAAAUCUUUGGAUUGCCACACUGACUUAUUAGACGAUUUUAAACAAUUUCGGACUGCAAGAAGAGAUCCAGAUGGAAAAGAAAUGCAGGUAUUUGUAGCUGAAUGUUUGGAACAGAUUGUGGGUGUGUGCAUCAUAAGACAAGAAGAAGAUAUAGAAUAUAUACGGUCCCAUUAUAAUAUAGAAGACUUCAUUUAUUAUAAUCACCAUAGGCGUCAAGACCAUGGCCAUCUUCAUCACUUUGCCUUAAACCCAAUUUUCAGUCAUAUGUCCAAACACUUUCUGAAAGAAGUUUUAAGGUUGGGACAUAAAACAUGCCUCUACUUUCCGCUCUAUCCACCUUAUACAGAUAAACAGCUGGUCGACAAACAUACAAUGAUCUGUUCUCUCAAAGACUUAGUUCCGGUACGAUCGAGACAGCAAAUCAUCUACCCUUUAAAAGAAUUGGGUGAAAAUGCUCCGUCGGAACGAGUUUUAAAGCAGAACCAAACCUAUGCCCUUGCCCACGUUAAUAGAAAACUAACGUUAGAACCAAAAGUCACAAUCAAUGCUAGAAUUGUUGUUGUCGGUGCUUCAGAUGUUGGCGUGUCGUUUUUAGAAACACUGGCUUAUUGUCCCCACCUCAGGUUCAAUAAUGUAACUUUGAUAUCUCCAAAUGGACUACCAGGAGAAAUGGAUCCAAAUCUGGUAAAACACGAAGUUCUCAGUAAGAGUCACCCAAGAAGUCAAAGUGAAGACAUCUGGUCCUUUUUACGCACAUGGAUCAACGUAGUUUAUGGUAAAAUGACAGGUAUUGACAGAACAAAGAAACGUGUAGUGGUUGAUAAGAAUUGUGUUGUUCCUUACGAUCAUUUAAUUCUUUGCACUGGGCAGCAAUACCAGGUUCCUUGUCCAACUGAAGCGUCACUUCGUCAUGGCGUUACAAAUAGAGAGUUGCCCAAUAGCCCCGAUAGACGCUUCGCAGGGACCCAACCAGCUAAUCUUUUCCUAGUGAAUGACAAUUACGAUAGCUUAUCAGUAUUACACAAGAUCGAAACCAAAUAUCUGCAAAAUGACUCAAAGAUUCUUCUUUAUGGCAACAAUCUAGAUACCUAUACAUGUAUACAGUCCUUGCUGCAACUCGGAAUAAAAGGAAGUAAUUUAUUAUUAGUUGCGCCCCCCAUAGCUUAUGACGUCACAUGUUUUAACAACAAAGCCGUAGAGGAAGUUAUUGGCGCGGUUUUAAAAGAAAAUGAUGUUCAGGUCCACGAGAACUAUCUUCUAGCGGAAUGGACAUUGACAGAUGGUGGUGAAUUGUCGUCUGUCAGUUUUACUUCAGACGACACGCCCCUUACCCUAGAAUGCGAUGUCUUUCUUUCAUUUUACAAGAAAACUGUUGAUUUGAGCGCCUUCAAAGCAAUCAACGAUUCAUGCCUUGUCUUUGAUGGUAAACUGGUUGUAGAUUCCUCGUUUCAUACUAAUGACGUAGCCAUAAGGGGAGCUGGAACGCUUACCAAGUACCAAAGGAAGUACCAUGCAGAUAAAUGGACACAUGCUAACUUUAAUUCAAAAGAAAUCGGCACAGCGCUGGCUUCAGAAAUCCUCAAACUGUUUGACCCCACCUUGGAACAGCAACCAAAUCCCGUGGAAGAACAGUUAAAUCUGAUACCCGUUUAUGGAGCACCGAGAGUACAGAUAGCUAGACUGCCAGGUGGAUACCAUUACCUUCACGUGAAGAAACCCAGUCUAGACGUCCCACUAGAAAUUCAGAUGCAGAACGAGGACUAUGGACAAGAACUUGUAACAGGUACCCUUGCAGAUGGUAACUACUUCCGUUUACACAUCAACCUCUAUAACACCAUAGAAACCAUAACGUGUUUGUCUAAAACUAAAAUACCCUGUAGCAACUUACUUUCCUUAUUUGGAAUACACGAAAAAUAUUUAAACAAUCUUCUGUCACGAUUCAAGGAGGGUCUGAUUACAGAUUUCUACAGUUAUUUCAGUGGAAGCUGGUGUCAGGCUAUCUUCCACGAUCGUUUUAUGGAUUUGAGAGAUGAACUUCGAGAACUGCUGAUCACGAGCCCCGAAGAAGGCAAAGAAACAUUAGAAGAUCAUAUCAGACGCUUGAUUGAUGAAGAAAUGAGUUUAAGUAAAUCUCAACAAGAAGAACUGAACGAAGUCUACAAAUCAAGUGGUGCUAAAAGAGCCGUAGAAACAAGAUUAUUAAACUUUAUUAGUUAUAACUAUUAUCAUUUACCUAUGUAUACUAAACCAGGUAUGGUGUGAACAUUGUCUGGGAGACUCGUGUGUUUUUCUUCGCCUGUUGCAACCAUUGACUAGGUAGAUGAUAAAUAUCUGGGUAGUUAGAAAGAAGUGCUUGUGUAUGAAUUUUAACUGCUAUUAUUGGCUGGGCCCUUCUAUGCUUUAAAUGUUUUAUCCAAUCCACCACUGCUUUCUUGGGACCCUUCGAAGCUAUAAAAUUGUUGUAUCCAGUCUGUUACUGCUAUUAUUGGGUCCUUCGAUUCUUUACAUUGUUUUAUCCAAUCCAUAACUGCUAUUGUUGAGCCCCGUGAAGCUUUAUAUUACGGGAUCAAACAAUUUCAGUAAUCUAUCAGAUUUGUUCAUUUAGAUCCUAGAAGUGUUAGAAUGUCUGGGGUUUUUUUAUUUUUUUUUUUUAUUUUUUUUUAUCUAAAUAUGAAAUAUGUGGAAAACGUCUGUAACUGUGAUAAUAUUCUAAGCAUUAUUAACAUUUAAAACCGUGGCGUGGAAAUUCAUAAGACUGAAACAGUGAUUCCAUUUUCAUCGUACAUUAUUCUGUAUUGUGUAAAUGCCCAGUUAAUUUAUAUAUGAAAGUAUUAUUGUUUAUAAUCAACUACGUAUCUUUUGAUUGAUAAUUAUUGUUUAUAUUUUUAAAUAAAUUUGUUUAAAAA